AAUAGUCCUUAUCAGUGGCAGAAGAUCCUUCUGUAGUAUAUUUUCCGUGCUGCCGUAUCGCGACAGUACCCAAGCCGGGGAUUUGAAGUUGGAUGGAGGGAGACAAUCAACAGGUGCCAUGAGCUUGAAAGAGAUCAUCGGCCUUGAAGGUGUGGAGCUGGGUGCUGAUGGGAAGACAGUUUCUUAUACCCAAUUUCUGUUACCCACAAAUGCCUUCGGAGCCCGGAGAAAUACCAUAGACUCCACCUCUUCCUUCUCCCAGUUCCGUAACCUGAGCCACCGCAGCCUCUCCAUAGGCCGGGCCAGCAGCACCCAGGGGAGCCUCGACACAGGUAGUGACCUUGGAGACUUUAUGGACUAUGACCCAAAUCUCUUGGACGACCCUCAGUGGCCUUGUGGCAAGCACAAGCGAGUUCUGAUCUUUCCUUCCUACAUGACCACAGUAAUUGAUUACGUGAAGCCCUCAGAUCUCAAGAAAGACAUGAACGAGACCUUCAAGGAGAAGUUUCCACACAUUAAGUUAACGCUCAGCAAAAUAAGGAGUCUAAAACGGGAGAUGCGGAAGCUUGCCCAGGAGGACUGUGGCUUCGAGGAGCCCACCGUGGCCAUGGCCUUUGUCUACUUUGAGAAGCUUGCACUCAAGGGGAAAUUAAACAAGCAGAACCGGAAGCUUUGUGCUGGUGCAUGUGUGCUGUUAGCAGCCAAGAUUGGAAGUGACCUCAAAAAGCACGAGGUCAAGCAUUUAAUUGAUAAACUGGAAGAGAAAUUUCGGCUGAACAGGCGAGAGCUGAUUGCCUUUGAAUUCCCGGUGUUAGUGGCCCUGGAGUUUGCUCUUCAUUUGCCAGAGCACGAAGUCAUGCCUCACUACAGACGCCUGAUCCAGAGCUCCUAGCACAGGCCCCGGGGGCCAAGGACCACUUCUUCUGAGCACAGUGGGUACCACUUGCCACUGGAAAUACAAAGUAGACCACAAAGUACCAAGCUUCCUUUUCCUCUCAAUGACUUUUCAUGGAGAAAAGUUUCAGUACAAAAACUUUUCAGAGUGUCUUCGGUCUGGCUGAGGGGAGCUGAGAGCCAUGUACAACUCGGAGCA